CGCUCGGCUUCGCUUCAGCCAGCUGCACACGCUCAGCACAUCGACCCACACUCCGCGACACACACCUCGCACCCGUCUCUCGACUCGAGCGCACGAGCUCUCUCCUCCUCCUCCCAUCUCCCCCUCGCCACCAACAACCCUCGCCUCGCCCCACGUCUCACGAUGGCGUCCGUCUACGAGCAGAUGUUCAACAACGCGACCGUGCUCGUGACCAACUUUGUCGAGACGACCAAGCACGAGGCGGCGUCGUUCUACUCGGCCGUCGACCCUUCACAGCUCAACUGGCUCGAGCGCCUGUGGAUGAGCUGGUACGUCAAGAUCGGCGACCCGAUUCUCGCGACGGGCAUCAUGAGCUUUGUCAUGCACGAGGUCGUCUACUUUGGCCGAUGCGUGCCCUGGAUCCUCAUCGAUUACAUGGGCUGGUUCAAGCAGUACAAGCUGCAGCAGGACAAGUCGAUGUCGAUGGAGAAGCAGUGGCAGUGCACCAAGGCGGUCCUCAAGACGCACUUCUCUGUCGAGCUCCCGCAGAUCUACUUGUUCCACCCGCUCGCCGUCUCGGCCGGUAUGAAGACCUACGAGGUCCCCUUCCCGUCGCUCUGGAAGCAGAUGCUCCCGCAGAUCGCGCUCUUCUUCUUCAUCGAGGACACCUGGCACUACUUCGUGCACCGUCUCAUGCACCACCGUGCACUCUACAAGCACGUCCACAAGGUACACCAUGAGUGGAGUGCCCCGAGUGGCCUGGCGGCCGAACACGCUCACCCUAUCGAGGUCUUCGUGCUCGGCCUCGGCACUGUCGGCGCACCCCUCCUCUACUGCUACCUUAGCGGCGGCAACAUGCACAUCAUCACCAUGUACCUGUGGAUCUGCCUUCGCCUCGCCCAGGCCAUCGACGCGCACAGCGGCUACGACUUCCCUUGGUCGCUCCGCCACUUCCUCCCGUUCUGGGCCGGCGCCGAGCACCACGACUACCACCACGAGAAGUUCAUGGACUGCUACUCGUCGUCGUUCCGCCACUGGGACAUGCUUCUCGGCACCGAGAAGAAGUACCACGCGUACCGCGCCAAGCAGAAGGCGGAGAAGGCUGCGCUCGUCGAGAAGAAGUCGCUCUGAGCAGACACUACAGUUUCUCCCUCCCACAUCCCUCCCCGCCCUCGUCGUUCUCUUGCUUGUCGUUCGUUAGAGCUGCUGUCCCCCCCUCUUUACCCCCACGUCGUGGUCGCUCCGUCUCGCCGUCUAGAACUGCCUCGGAGGAGGGCG